UUGCUGCGGUGUACUCGUCCCGCGCAGAGGCUCCCGCUAGGCUGCACUGCGCCUGUCCCCACCCGCCAUGCACCCCGCCGUGUCGCUGCUGGGUCUGUUGCUGGCCAACGACACCGCACUCCUCGACUGCGUCUGCAGACGCAUCAACGAUGCCUUCGAACUCAGCGGCCUAGAGCCGCUCUCUCGCGGUGAGCAAGUGAUGCACAGGCGGUUCUGUAGUGAGGGCUGGUACUUCACGGUGAUGGAGGACUGCCAGGAGCUGGAGCCGCCGCCGGCCUGGCUGGCCGCCGUGGGGCGGCUGCUGCCCCGGGACUGGCUCCGCGACGGAGGCGGGGGCGGCUGUGGCGGCGCGCUGGACGGCCUCCGCCGCCUCACCUUGGACGAGCCCUUCGACCUCGCCUGGGCUCUGACCUGCCGGAUCGCUGCCGACUGCGUCCACGCCUGCCCUGUACACGGGUUGGAAGACAUCGAAUGGAACGUGGGCACACUGAAAACGGAUGAUCUGAGGAAUAGCAUCCAAUCCCUGUUACUGCACGCUGUUCGGCGCAUCACAAGAGCCAUACAUGCUCGGCAUACCUGUUAUAUGGGACUUAAGUUUCCUGAGCAGCGCUUCAACAAAACUGAGUACCUGAAACAAUACUCCGACUACUGGCGAGACUCAGUGGAGCUGGUAUCACUUCGCGUGAGGCAUCUCUCAAAGCUGUUCGUUCCCCUCGCAUUCGAGCAGAUGGUUAAUCACAUGAAUGAUCAACAACUUCAUCGAUGGAUUAAGGACAUGGAACGUGUGAAGGACAUGCUGGUUACGAAAUUUAUGGGUUUGGUACAAGAUGUUCAGUACGUCAGGGAGCAUAUUACGAACUACGAGAUAGAAGAAGAUAAGAACAAGCGUGGGAAGUAUACUCUAAGGCGGCCACUGUUGAGCGGUAGACUGCUGUACUAUGAGGAGCAGUUCCUCACCUUUCGUGAAGACUUCAGUGAUCUUUGUGAGGGGCAACAGCCGGAGGCAUCACAAAUGUUUGGCUUCGCUGACACACUGUACUCCCUCUAUCGCCACGACUGGUUGCGCCCUGUAAAGUUUAAAAGCUAUAUCAACGUCACAGAUGAGAAGUGGCAGCUGGAGGUCGUGGGCGAUGCUACAGUCGCGGUGGACACUGACUGCAUCCAGCUGCUGAUGGACACCCUGGACCACCCCACGUGUCCACUGGAAGACCUGCCACCGGAGACGCUCGCGCGGCGCCAGCAGUGCCGCGCGCAGCUGUGGGAGGACAUGGCGCAGAGGUCGCCCUACGUGCCCGUCACCAGCUACCUGGCCUACACGCAGAGGACCAAUAUUAACCUCUGCCUCCUGGCCUGGAUGGCUGCCAACUCCCUUGGCGUUUGUCAGGACGUCCCCUUUAGUGUAAUACAAUCCGCACACGACGCCCGUUGCUAUUUUGACAGACCUGACGACCGAUCGUGUAUGAAAUCGAACGCCACAGACUCCAUCUGCUCUGUUUCCAGAGCUAUUCUGUUGCUCAAGUGUGAAAAUUUUUUCUUCAAUAAACGUCACAAUGUGUGCACCGUCGACGUUCACAGAAAUGGAUCGUUCUCCAGGACCAUCAGUCCAUCGUGGGGACGGGAUGUCAAAGCAUAUGUAGAGCCAACGGAGAGAACACUGAGCUACAAAUACAGUUUAAGCAGUGCCACCUUGAAAUACAAGAACUUUAAACUCGACAGCUUAAAACCAUUAGAAAUUUCAUUUAUUACAGUAAAUAUUCUUUUCCGGUUCCUGACUGCUGGAUUAUUCAUGUACCUUUCCCAUUUUCGUAAUUUGCCAGGAAAGAUAUUAUUGUCCUAUCAGAUCACGGGUAUAAUCCAGAUCUUGUGUUCUGAGGUCCUGUACCGCAUGGCAGGCGUCCCCGACCUAUCGACGAUGGUACUCAUCGAUAGUGCCCUCACGCUUCUCAGCUGUAUCUGGCUAAACACGUUCUGCUACCAAAUGUACGCAUGCAUUCGGCACCUCAGGCUUCCUAACGUCCUACCUCCUGCUGAAGCGAGAAAGGCAUUCCGUCGUCAGGUUCUCUGUGCACUAAUACCCUGGACUGCAGUGUGCACAGCCAGUAUCGUUUUGGAAAAUACGAGCAAAUAUUAUGUGUUCCAUAGUCGGAUAAUAUUACUCGCGGGGAUAUCGCUCUCGGUAGCGUUCAAUUUGGUUUGUCUUGGAAUCGUGGCAUACAUGUACCGACGUGCGAAGAAUUCUAUUAGUAAACUAAAAAUUUAUAGUAAUGAUAAAAUUCGCUCGAAGACAGAAGUUCUUUACUUAACAUUUAAGACUUUCAUCUUAAGUGGGACUGGUGUACUUAUUAGAAUCGGGUUCCAUCAGGCAGAAGGCAUAGCACAGUACGUGUAUUACGUACAUAUAGCAACCAUGACGCAGGGACCACUAAUGUUCGUUCUUUUCAUUUGCAACAAAACAACGGUACCUGCGCUCAGGAAGAGGCUGCAAGCGUGGGGGAGCCCAGACGCCAUCAGUCCGGGGCAGGAGCUCUGCUCAACGGCUGAGAGGAAUCUGAGGAAGAGAACCACUGCGCAGUCUCCGGCUGCAGAGUCCUCGCUGUAGUCUCUGUGAACACUCCACUCAAAGGGCUGUCUCCGCUGUAGACCGUACCAAAGCCAGUAACCAGAGAUGAUGACCGAACCCAGCUGACGUCACGAUAUUAACUGCGACCAGUCUCCCACAACUAGUGCCUCAGUUACUUAAUUUGUUCCUUAUUUGUAAUCAUUGUAUGUACCUGGUAGUUUUUGUUCACGUAUUUUAAUUCACCGAGGUUCACUAAUUACUUCCCAACAUUGAAUCUGCGUGAAAAUAAGAGGAAAGUGCUUGUCCCAUUUCUUCUACCCAGGUUAUCUGACGAAACACCAACACAAACUCAGAAAUGUAAAUAAUUUUUCAGUACCCAACAUUUUCCAAAGACGAAAAUAAUGCAAGAACUUGCUGUUUACGAUAAAUUACUUUAAGCUCCUUUCUAUAAAGUGAAGGCAACUGAAUGUACUCUUAAAAUUCAUUUAUAGGAAUCUCUGUCGUUUCCCCUGAUUCAUACACAGCUUUUAAUACACGUCUCAUUUAAUCUUACGUCUGGAACUGCGUAAUACUUAGUACAUACAGCUGCACAGCCACGCCUCAUCCUGUGCGAUUGAAACAGCCCGUGAUUUGAUGUUCGAUUCGUCCUAGGAGUUACUUUUUUCCGUCAGUGUUACAAGAGUUUCACCUCUUUGUGUGCCUGAAAGUUAUCGUACUGCACAAAAUUAAGCUCAAAGCUGAGAUGGAAUUUUUCACAGCAACUAUAUUUGUGUAUAUAUUUUUUUGUCUAUCAUUAACGCCAUUUAUAUUAUGUGAGAUAUGUAAAUUUUAUAUAAGUGUGUAAAAAUUGUACAUGUAUAUAAUUUGUAAUGUAACUAUUAUGCCAAGAAAACUUAAUAUUAGUGUAUAAUCAGAUGAUCCAGCUGAAUGGCAUUAGUGUGUGGAUGAUCAUCUUAUGCCGGUUGUCGAGCUGUUUAGGGGUACGAUUCGAAAUAGUGGCACAAACAGCCACAGUAAAGGACACCAAAAAUUAAUCAUAUGUGUGAAAUGUGUUUUGAAGCGAACACGGAGAUUUAAAGGAGAGCGCCACACGAAACCUGAGUGCAGACAUUAGUGAGACGGAAUGGCGAGCUGUCGAGCCAGAGACACAUAAAGAUACUUUAGAAGACGUUACAGAUUAAUGUGUAUCCUGUGUGUUAGUCUUCAAUAAGGGAGAAUGUUGCUUAAAAUGGCAUAUGUACAAACAGUAUUGUGGCAGAAAACAGAUAUGCCAGAAGUUACUUUAAAACUUAGUAAAAGAUGUGUGGUUCCAUGUUGACCAUUUCCAGACCUUACAUAGGUAUCUGCAACUAUAAUUAUUAUUUACCAUAAUGGCAAACUGACUGUCAAAUUACACACUUUGUUACUAUAACAAGAUGUACACACAGUUUACAGAAGGAUAUCGACAUAGAUUCUGUCUACAUCAAUUUGUGUUUGCAAUUGCUCUUUGAUGAUUUUAAGCUUUUAAAUACAUUAUUUAAUAAAGAAUAAUAUUUGUAUUCU